GGUGGCGGGAGCAGCCGCGGAGCUGUGCUGCCGGGCUGCCGGCCCCGCGGGGAUCUGGAGGAGCGGCGGGGAGCGGAACAUAAUGUUUUCAGAUUUCAUCCAUAUUAUGGCCUCGUCAUUUCUCUGUCCCUCGGCUCGUCCACUGAUGUGUGGGCUUGAGCAUGAUGAACUGUGAACUUCUUGCCACAUGCAGUGCCCUCGGGUACUUGGAGGGAGACACUUACCACAAGGAGCCAGACUGCUUAGAGAGUGUGAAGGACUUGAUCCGCUACCUGAGACACGAGGAUGAGACGCGGGACGUGCGGCAGCAGCUGGGGUCAGCUCAGAUCCUGCAGAGCGACCUCCUGCCCAUCCUCACCCAGCAUCGCCACGACAGGCCUCUCUUUGAUGCCGCUAUCAGGCUGAUGGUGAACUUGACACAACCAGCCCUGCUGUGUUUUGGCGGCGUGCCCCAGGAGCCCAGCCUCCGGCACCACUUUCUGCAGGUGCUGGCUUACUUGCAGGCUUACAAAGAGGCCUUUGCCAGUGAGAAGGCGUUUGGGGUCCUCAGUGAAGCUUUGUAUGAGCUACUGCAGUUGGGCUGGGAGGAACGGCAGGAGGAAGACAACUUGCUGAUCGAGCGCAUCCUGCUGCUGGUCAGAAACGUCCUCCACGUCCCCGCCGACCUUGAGCGGGAGCAGCGGAUCGACGAUGACGCCAGCGUCCACGACCGGCUUCUCUGGGCGCUGCACCUCAGUGGCCUGGACGACCUGCUCCUCUUCCUGGCCAGCUCGCCUGCGGAGCAGCAGUGGGGCCUCCACGUGCUGGAGGUCAUCUCCCUGAUGUUUCGUGACCAGAACCCUGAGCAGCUGGCAGGAGUAGGGCAGGGACGCUUGGCUCAGGAGCGGAGCACAGAUGUGGCGGAGCUGGAGGUGUUGCGCCAGCGAGAGAUGGCGGAAAAGAAGACCCGAGCCCUGCAGCGAGGCAACAGGCAUUCUCGGUUUGGGGGUUCCUACAUCAUCCAGGGCUUGAAAUCCAUUGGGGAGAGGGACCUCAUCUUUCAUAAAGGUCUCCACAAUCUCCAAAACUACACUUCCGACCUGGGGAAGCAGCCCCGACGGGUGCCUAAGCGUCGCCAGGCUGCCCGGGAGCUGUCCGUCCAGCGCCGCUCCGCCCUCAACGUGAGACUCUUCCUCCGGGACUUCUGCUCGGAGUUCCUGGAGAACUGUUACAACCGGCUCAUGGGCUCGGUGAAGGACCACCUGCUUCGGGAGAAGGCUCAACAGCACGACGAGACCUACUACAUGUGGGCCCUGGCUUUCUUCAUGGCCUUCAACCGAGCUGCCUCCUUCCGGCCAGGCCUGGUUUCUGAGACCCUCAGUGUCCGCACCUUCCACUUCAUUGAGCAGAACCUCACCAACUACUAUGAGAUGAUGCUGACCGACCGCAAGGAAGCCGCCUCCUGGGCACGCCGGAUGCACCUGGCCCUGAAGGCGUAUCAGGAGCUGCUGGCCACGGUGAACGAGAUGGACGUGUGCCCAGACGAGGCUGUGAGGGAGAGCAGCCGCAUCAUCAAGAACAACAUUUUCUACGUGAUGGAGUACCGGGAGCUCUUCCUGGCUCUCUUUCGGAAGUUUGAUGAGAGAUUCCAGCCCCGCUCUUUCCUUCGUGACCUGGUGGAAACCACCCACCUCUUCCUCAAGAUGUUGGAGCGGUUCUGUCGGAACCGCAGGAACCUGAUGGUGCAGAACAAACGAAAGAGAAGAAAGAAGAGAAAGAAGGCAUCUGCUGCUUCUGGCGAUGCCCCCUACAGCCCAGAGGAGCUGGAGGCCGUGUGGCCCUCCCUGGCCGAGCAGCUGCAGUGCUGUGCCCAGGGUUCUGAGCUCGGCUUGGACUCUGCGGUUCCCUUUGACGCGGCCUCAGAGGUGCCGGUGGAAGAGCAGCGGGCAGAAGCCAUGGUGCGGAUCCAGGACUGCCUCCUGGCUGGCCAGGCCCCGCAGGCCCUGAGCCUCCUGAGGUCUGCCCGGGAGGUGUGGCCAGAAAGAGAUGUGUUUGGUGCUCAGGACAUCUCCCCAGAGGAGGAGAUCCAGCUACUGAAGCAAAUCCUCUGGGCCCCGCUCCCCCGCCAGCAUGGGCUGGAGGAACAAGGGGCGGAGCAAGAGGACGAAGAGGAGGAGGAGGAGGAGGAAGCGCUGGACGUGGUCCAGGUGUCGGAGAGAGAAUUUAACUUUCUGGACUACCUGAAACGCUUUGGAAACGCGACUGUGCUCCGAGCCUACCUGCUGCUGCUGCGGAGCUACAAGCAGAACAGCGCCCACACCAACCACUGCGUGGUCAAGAUGCUGCACCGGCUGGCCCACGAUCUCAAGAUGGAAGCCCUGCUUUUCCAGCUUUCCCUCUUCUACCUCUUCAACCGUCUGCUCAGCGACCCUGCCGCCGGGGCCUACCAAGAGCUGGUGACUUUUGCCAAGUAUAUCCUGGGCAAGUUCUUUGCUUUGGCCGCUGUCAACCAGAAAGCCUUCGUGGAGCUGCUGUUCUGGAAGAACACCGCUGUGGUUCGAGAGAUGACCGAGGGCUACGGCUCCCAGGACGGCGGAUCUUCUGGCCGCAGACUCCCCAGGUGGAGCCCAGAGGAGGAGGCCCAGCUUCGGGAACUGUACCUUGCGCAUAAGGACGUGGAAGGUCAGGAUGUGGUGGACACCAUCUUGGCGCACCUGAAAGCCGCUCCUCGGACACGCAGGCAGGUCAUCCACCACCUGGUGCGGCUGGGGCUGGCCGACAGCGUCAAGGACCUCCCGAGGAAAGGAACCCAGAUCGUGCUGUGGACGGAGGACCAGGAGCUCGAGCUGCAGCGGCUCUUUGAGGAGUUCCAGGACUCCGACGAUGUCCUGGGUAACAUCAUGAAGAACAUUACAGCCAAACGCUCACGGGCCCGAAUAGUGGAUAAACUGCUGGCUCUGGGGCUGGUGGCUGAGCGGCGGGAGCUGUACAAGAAACGCCGGAAGAAGCUGGCACCCUCGAGCUUGCCUGAUGAAGAGGAAUCGUUGCACGAUUUUUGCCAGGAAGAUCUAGAUGAAGAGGAAAACGUGCCAGAGAAAGAGGAUGAAGAGGAAGACGGCGGCUCAGAAGCAGAGCAAGCCCAGGCUGGCUCCGUCCUUUCAGCUGAAUGCCUUGGGCAAAGUCUGCACCAGGAAGGCUUUUCCGCUCCCCUCCUCUGGCUCCAGAACUGCCUCCUCCGAGCAGCAGAUGAUCGGGAAGAGGUUGGCUGCUCCCAGGCAGUUCCAGUGGUGCCACUGACAGAAGAAAAUGAGGAAGCGAUGGAAAAUGAACAGUUUCAACAGCUGUUGCGAAAGCUAGGGGUUCGGCCUCCUGCCUCUGGACAGGAAAUCUUCUGGCGAAUUCCAGCCAAACUGAGUCCCACCCAGCUCCGGAGGAUGGCAGCUUCCUUGAGCCAAGCAGAAGGGGAGGAGAAGCUUCAUUUAGGAUUAGAAUCUAAGGUCUCUGGGGAGCCAGGCCUAGAGGAGGAGCACCAACAGGAGGAGGAGCACCAACAGGAGGAGGAGCACCAACAGGAGCACGGAGCACAUGCCUUGAAGACCCUCCUGUUAGCCCGGAAAAAGAAAGCAGGCCUGGUGUCACCAGAGGAGGAAGGGACCAGUGGUGGGAAAGAGCAGCUGAUGAUGGCACCCAAGAAGCGACAACUGCUGGACAGUGAUGAGGAGCAGGAGGAAGAUAAAGCACCAGAGUUGGGAGUUCCAGGAAUCCGGAAGAAGAAACGGUUUCAGAUUGAGGAUGAUGAUGAAAGCGACUGAAGGUGCAGAUGCCCAGGGCAGAGAUAAACCCCAUUUUUAGGUGGUGAUUUUGAAUCCGAGUUUGGAGGGGCAUACAGGACUGGAAGCCCUCUUACUGGACAGCAGCUGUGGCGCCCCAGACUUCUGCCUGGGUUUAGAGUCCAGGAAGGCCAGGCCACAGUGUCGGCCUCCUGUUGCUUCCUCCUCCUCCCAGUUUUAUCUGUGUGUCUCAGUCGCUCUCUGGAGACUUAUUCCUCUGCUUUGGUUUUAGUAGCACUCCCUGGCAAAGGAGAGGUGUGGUCCAAGGUGUGUAGAAGGCACCUUGGACCCCUCUUAAUGGUCUGUUCUUUUGGCUUUCUGCGGGAGGUGGGUCGCAGCACUCGGUGGGGAGUCUCGUGAUGUGAUAAGUGUGGGUACUGCAGCAUUUUUAAAGGCUCCCCUUCUCAUUUUCUUUCCUGUGAUCACCUUCAAAACACCAGAUUGAGCCCAGUUCCUGCCACUGAAGUAAGGCUGAGAUGGAGUAUUCUUCAGAUGAUUAUGUUUGGUUGGUGUUUGGCAUCAAAUUAAACAUGUAAAAUUUAAAAGUUGCCAAUGUUGAUCUGACUUACCAAUCUAAAUACCCCAACCCUCCACCUGCAUCUUUGUGAAAGAACUUUUAACUGUUAGGUUUAAAAGAAAAGGUCAGCCUUCCCUUUUCUCUUGCUUUCCCUGCAAAAGACACAAAAACAUUCUUACCUCAAAGAUCCUUUGUCCAGGAUAAAUCUUUAGGGUUAAAAGAAUAUGCAUCAGAGCAGACACAUGAAAAGAUGCUCAGUGUUGUUAACCAUCGGAGAAGUGCAAAUUGAAACCACGGUGAGAUAUCACCUGAUACCUAUCAGAGUGGCUGUCAUCAAAAAGACACGGAUAACAAAUGUUAGGCUGUAGAGAACGGGGACCCUUUACACUGUUGAUAGGAACAUACUGGGCUGGCACGACUCAAAUGAACUUUUCUGUCAACCCCAUAAAUUGGUGUAGCCACUGUGGAAAAUGGUAUGGAGGGUCCUAAAAAUAAACACUAAAAAUAGAACUACCAUAUGACCAAGCAAUUCCACUCCUGGGUAUAUAUCUGAAAAAUGAGAACGUUAAUUCACAAAGAUAUAUGCACUCGAGUGUUCAUAAUUAUUUACCAUAGCCAAAAUAUAGAAGUAACCUAAGUGUCUGUCAACAGAAAAAUGGAUAAAGAAGAUGUGGCAAAUAUGUAAUGGAAUAUUACUUAGCCAUGAAAAGGAAUGAAAUUCUGCCAUUUGCAAUAACAUGGAGGGACUGGAAGGGUAUUAUGCUUAGUGAAAUAAGUCAGAUAAAACCUGUAUCACAUGUAUAUGGAAUCUGAAAAAAACAAACUAGUUUCUGGUUGGGAAACAGAAGGGAAAGGAGCAAUUUAGAAGUAGAGAGUUAACAGGUACAAACUGCUAUGCGUAAAAUGAGCCACGAGGAUAUAUUGUAUAGAAUAGGGAAUAUAGGCAGUAAUUUUAUAAUAACUAAAUGGAGAAUAACCUUCAAAAUUGUGACUUGCUAUGUCAUAUAUUUUAUGUUGUACAUCAACUAUACCUCGAGUUAUUUAAAAAAAAAAAAAUGCAUCAAGGGCUUCCCUGGUGGCCCAGUGGUUAAGAAUCCACCUUGAAACUUGGGGAACACAGGUUCAAUCCCUGGUCAGGGAACUAAAAUCCCUCAGACCACUGAGCAGCUAAGCCUGAGCACUGCAACUAGAGGAUCCGUGCACCACAACAAAAGGUCUCACGUGCUGCAACUGAGGCCCUACACAGACAAACAUUAAAAGAAAAUGCGUCAGGAGGAAGCAGGAGACACGGAGGAAAAGUCAGUCUGCAGCCUGGGUCACAGGGAAAGAAGUCUGGGCAAGAAAGGUGGGGAAACACUGCAAAUGUCAUGUGCUUCCCUUUUCUUGGAAACCCUUAGCUUUCUGGCCCUCUUCUGUUUCCAGCUGAGGUGGAGCGGAAGUGAGAUCCAGGAAAUAACUGUCUGGGUUAGGGAGAGGCCUCGGUAAACAAUGGGCUUCCCCGGUGGCUCAGCUGGUAAAGAAUCCGCCUGCAAUGCAGGAGACCUGGGUUCGAUGCCUGGGUUGGGAAGACCCCCUGGAGAAGGGAAAGGCUACCCGCUCCAGUAUUCUGGCCUGGAGAAUUCCAUGGACGGUAUCGUCCAUAGGGUGGCAAAGAGUCAGACACGACUGCGUGGCUUUCACUUCACGUGUGAGUCACCAUGCUUACUGAUCUUCACCCGUGCAGAAUUACGCAUAAAGCUGUCCUUAAUACUAACAAUCUGGUGAUCCAGAAAGAACAGGCUGGUUCUUUGACUCUACUGCUUUUUCAACUUCUCUGACCCUAUAGGAGAACUUCCUGCGGAGUCCGCAUAAGCUGAAUCCUGAGUAUUUUAGAUGCUUCUUUGAGUCACUCAGAGGAGGAAGAAAGCUUCAGCCAGUGUGGAACCCCAAGUCUCUUUAGGGCAAGGCCCGAAGGCCCUCCUGUUAGCCAGCAAAAGGAGAGCAGGUCUGGGGUCCCAAAGGGAUAAUAGCAAGACCGCUACUGAUUACUUACGUCCCAGCCAUGCUGGUGUAGGGGUGAAGUUACUUUGAUGGGAGACCAGGCUGAUAGGGAUUGGCAAAUGAAAACAGCACUCGAGAUUUUCAGGACAGUGGAAGUAUUCUGUAUGAUACUAUAAAGUUUUAUGACAUACAUUUGGUAAAACUGACAGAACUGUGCAAAUGCAAAGAACUGAACCCUAAUGUAAACUAUGGGCCUAGGUAAUAAUAAUAUAUAAUGUUUUAAAUAAUAUAACAAUCAAAUGUGACCACACCAGUAGAAGAUGUUAACAAUAGGGAAACUUAGGGACUGGGGAAGAGGGAAUAUUUGGAAAUUCUGUGGUUCUUGCUUAGUUUUUCUACUAAAACAAUAAACUUUUUUUUUACUCAA